CAGUACUUUCGGCAUGAUUGACCGACAAACAUCCAAACAAAGAAACUGUCACAUUUAUAAUAUUAAUAUGAUUAAUAGGAUAUAUUUAUGUAACAUAAAUUAAUAACAGAAAAGGUUACAAUACACCAGGAUCUAAGUGACACAUCAAAGUCAAAGUCGAAAGUCAAAACAAUCUUUAUACAAAUAGACUUCUUAAAAGUACUUUUGAAUCGUCCAAUAUUAUAUCCCCUACCGCUCGUUCAGGACGUCUUUUGGCUGAUAAGAAGAACGAGCAAGAAACUCACCAGCUCUAAUAGGAGUAAUGACAUUUACAAAAACCAUGUCAUUACCAGAUCAAUACAUUAUAAAUAAAGAGAGAAAAAAAAACUAUGGUCUUAUAAUGAUAACAUAAUUUAAUAAUAAUGUAAGUUAACACCAAGUUAUCGUACAGGUUUCGUGGGCGGGGUACAUUUGCACGCUCUGGUCCGCCUUCUGGGCUACCAGGGGGUGGCGAUGGUGGUCUCCGAGCUGCUGGGGGUGGCGCGGGGGCUGCUGCACGGCACCCUCGCGCAGUUCACCAGGGCCCUGCAGGCGGUUAUGCCGCGGCACUGUAAAUUGCCGAGAUACGAUUACGGUUCCAACGGCGUCCUCGGCUACUAUCACGCGCAGUUGACUGACAUAGUACAGUAUCCGGACGCUCGUACGGAACUGUUCCAUGCGUUUAGAGAACUAGGGAACAUCAUAUUGUUUUGUAUGCUGAUCGAACAGGCAUUGAGCCAGGAGGAAGUAACGGAUUUACUGCACGCCGCACCGUUCCAGAACAUUCUACCCCGUCCGUAUACGGCAGGUAGGCGAGUAUAUCAAUAUGACAGCUAGUUUCACAAACGCCCAUUAAAAUUGUCAUUGGUUUAAAGCGUCAUUACCACAGAAAUAUAUCUAGUUAGAAG